AUGGAGAUGGAAAACAGUCUUCUAAACCAGCAGAUCCAAGGGGUCAAAGCUGGCGACCAUGGCCACCCUCUGACCCUCUCCCCGCGCAGCCUCCUCCUCGCUGCCCCCUCCCCAGCCCCGCCGGCCCGGCCCCCCCACUUCUGCCUGCGCUGUGCCCCCCCCACCGCCGGCACGGCCCCGCCCCCGCUGCCCCGGUGGUGGCCCACGGCCCCCCGGCUGCCCGUGGUCAAACUGGAGUCGCUGAAGCGUUGGAACGAAGAGAGGGGGCUGUGGUGCGAGAAGGGGGUGCAGGUGCUCCUGACGACGGUGGGCGCCUUCGCCGCCUUCGGCCUCAUGACCAUCGCCAUCAGCACCGACUACUGGCUCUACACGCGCGCCUUCAUCUGCAACACCACCAACCUCACGGCCGGCGACGAUGGCCCCCCCCACCGCGGAGGCAGCGGCUCCUCGGAGAAGAAGGACCCCGGCGGCCUCACGCACUCAGGCCUCUGGAGGAUCUGCUGCCUGGAAGGGCUGAAAAGAGGCGUCUGCGUGAAGAUCAACCAUUUCCCGGAGGACACGGACUACGACCAUGACAGCGCGGAGUAUCUGCUCCGAGUCGUCCGGGCCUCCAGCAUCUUCCCCAUCCUCAGCGCCAUCCUGCUGCUGCUCGGGGGUGUGUGCGUGGCAGCCUCCCGGGUCUACAAGUCCAAGAGGAACAUCAUUCUGGGCGCAGGGAUCCUGUUCGUGGCAGCAGGCCUGAGCAACAUCAUCGGCGUGAUCGUGUACAUCUCGGCCAACGCGGGCGAGCCGGGCCCGAAGCGGGACGAGGAGAAGAAGAACCACUACUCGUACGGCUGGUCCUUCUACUUCGGCGGGCUGUCGUUCAUCCUGGCCGAGGUGAUCGGCGUGCUGGCCGUCAACAUCUACAUCGAGCGCAGCCGCGAGGCGCACUGCCAGUCUCGCUCGGACCUGCUCAAGGCCGGCGGGGGCGCGGGCGGCAGUGGCGGGAGCGGCCCCUCGGCCAUCCUCCGUCUGCCCAGUUACCGCUUCCGCUACCGCCGCCGCUCCCGCUCUAGCUCCCGCUCCAGCGAGCCGUCGCCGUCGCGGGACGCGUCUCCCGGCGGCGCCGGGGGCCCGGGCUUCGCCUCCACGGACAUCUCCAUGUACACGCUCAGCCGCGACCCGUCCAAGGGCAGCGUGGCCGCGGGGCUGGCGGGGGCCGGCGGCGGCGGCGGAGGGGCGUACGGCGGCGCGGCGGGGGGCGCGGGGGGCGGCGGCGGGGCGGGCGCCGAGCGGGACCGCGGGGGGGCGCCCGGCUUCCUCACGCUGCACAACGCCUUCCCCAAGGAGGCGGGCGGCGGCGUCACGGUCACGGUCACCGGGCCGCCCGCCGCGCCCGCGCCCGCGCCGCCCGCGCCCGCCGCGCCCGCCCCCGGGACCCUGGCCAAGGAGGCCGCCGCCUCCAACACCAACACGCUCAACAGGAAAACCACGCCCGUGUAGGGGCGCGACGGGGGGCGCCGAGGGGGCGUGUCCGGGGCGCGUGCGCGGGCGCGCGUGCAACGAGGCU